CACUUCAAUUUCAUCACAUGGCACUAUCUAUACAUGGUCGGUAUGACCAUUCUCGGCUCCAUCAUGCUCUACCCAGCCGGUCUCAUGGAUUAUAUCGACGCGCUCUUCUUCGCUGCUGGAAUGGCCACCCAAUCCGGACUCAACACCAUCGACGUCAACACCCUCUACACUUACCAGCAAGUCGUUAUGAUGUUAAUGACAUGCAUAUGCACACCAAUCUUCAUCAACACAGUCGUCGUCUUCAUUCGCUUGUACUGGUUUGAGAAACGAUUCGAGCAUAUCGUGCAAGAAGUCAGGGCACAGAAGAGGACGAAGACAAGGUCGAUCGGCAGUCGCUCGAAGAGUCAGAUGCGAGAAGGGAAGGAUGAAGAUGCGGAUCCCAGCAAAUUGGAGCAAGGCGUGAGAGGCAUAUCCCUACCUGUUAACCAAGAAGAUCAAGAUGCAGAGACGCCCCAGAGUCCAUUCAUGGGAUUGAAUCCACGCCUCAAUCGAGAAAUAACGUUUGCAGAUGAGGUGCCCGCAUCAGGCCGACGGUCGCCCGAGCUUGCACGUGUACCCAGUCACCGAGACGUUUCAAAGCACAUUGAAUUUCUGCAGCGACAGCAGAACAAUGCGAAAAAGGGCGGCGCUCUCUACAUUCCCGGUCCUCGAGAUUUCGACCGUGGUGAGCGACCAGAGGAGCUUGAGGAAGAUCUCGCGAUCCAACGACGGAAAACUCGGCCGACUCUGGGCGGGCGGCGAUCUACUGAUGACCCACGAGGAAGAGGAGGAAGCGACACAGCAAAGGAUAGCCCUGGUGCAGACCACCCUAGGCGGGGCGUCACCAUCAAUCUCCCGGAUCAUCCUGCGCAUCGCGAUCAGAUGGCUACGGUCGAGAAGGAUGAUGAGGAAGAUGGUGAUGGCAUGUCGCGACUCGGUAGGAUUAAGAGUGCUCUGAGUCUAGGAAGAAGCCAUCGCAAUCCGGGCGAACACGAGCACAGAAGUUUCGCAAAGACGCUCACCAACCUUACGCACAAGAAAGAAGACGAAGACCCGAUGCCGUAUCUCAGCUGGACCGCAACGACAGGAAGAAAUAGCAUGUUCGUCGGCCUGACCUCGGAACAGCGAGAAGAGCUCGGAGGCAUUGAAUAUCGUGCGUUGAAGCUUCUCGCCAAAAUACUCAUUGCGUACUACGUUGGAUUUCACCUUCUUGGAAUGCUCAUUCUCCUGCCCUGGAUUGCAUCAACGCAGCCCUGGAAAGGCAUCGUUCGGGCAGACGGUCAAAACCCCGUCUGGUGGGGGAUCUUCACGCCUGCCUCCAUGUUCAACGAUCUCGGCUUCACCCUCACUCCGGACUCGAUGAUCUCGUUCGAUAACGCAAUUCUACCGUUGCUAUUUGGAUCCUUCUUGAUCAUUAUUGGUAACACGGGCUUUCCAUGUAUGCUCCGCUUCAUCAUCUGGUUUCUAUCCAAGGUCGUCCGACACGGCUCUGGUACCUGGGAAGAGCUUCGCUUCCUGCUCGACCACCCACGUCGCUGCUUCACACUGCUGUUCCCAAGCAAAGCCACUUGGUGGCUGUUCUGGGUACUUGUGCUGCUCAACGUGGUCGACCUGAUCUUCUUUAUCAUCCUGGACCUCGACGCAGGCGUUGUCACCGACCUGAGCCCGGGCUUGCGAGUACUCAAUGGCUGGUUCCAAGCUACAUCGACACGUACGGCCGGCUUUUCUUCCGUCAACCUUGCUGCCCUCCACGCGGCUAUCCAAGUCAGCUAUAUGAUUAUGAUGUAUAUUUCCGUCUUCCCCAUCGCUAUCUCCGUCAGGAGGACGAACGUAUACGAGGAGAAGUCGCUGGGCAUUUUCGGUGGCGAAGAAGACCCAGGCGAUGAUUCUGAUCAGAGUUACGUCAGCCAGCAUUUGCGGAGGCAGCUGUCGUUCGAUCUUUGGUAUAUCUUCUUGGGAUUGUUCGUCAUUGCGGUCGUGGAAGGCGACCGCAUUGGUAACACCAACCAAUACGCUUUCACCACGUUUAGUGUGCUGUUUGAAAUCGUAUCUGCGUAUGGCACGGUCGGCCUCUCCCUAGGCUAUCCAGGCAUCAACGCAUCGUUUUCGGCUGAGUUUCGUACCACCAGCAAACUGGUCAUCAUCGCCAUGAUGAUACGUGGAAGACAUCGUGGUCUGCCAUACGCCCUCGACAGGGCCAUCUUGCUUCCAAGCGAGAAGCUCCACAAGAAGGAAGCAGAAGAGGCUGCUGUACUCACUCGGCGCCUGACCCGGCGAGGCAGUAUUUUCUCCGAG